AUGUCCGACAUGGCGAAGGAAAAAGCCGUCCGGCUGCUGAAGAAGCGAGAGAGCAUGUCGUCUCUGGGCAGUCAGGAUGUGAGAGCCAGGAGGGAAGAGCUCACCAUCAAGACCAAGGACUCUAUCAGUAGCGUGUCCUAUUUGGACGAAGCUGGUCACCAUGAUGAAAACCCUAAACAUGCAGUGCAAACGGAGAACACGUACCAGCUCGGUCCGUCGAAGCGGUUCCCCAUGCACACUGUGAGGGAGAUUCUGAAGGAUGUUCUGAGCAGCUACCUGCAGGAGGAGAAGUAUGAACCCGAGCUGUGCAGACAGAUGACCAAAACCAUAGCAGAGGUGGUGAAGGCGCGAGUGAAGGACCUGAUGAUCCCUCGCUAUAAGAUUAUCGUGACGAUCAGCAUUGGCCAGCUGGCAGAGCAGACCGUGCGCAUGGUGAGCCGCUGCCUCUGGGACGCCACCAAUGACACAUUUUCAUCGUACGUUUUCAAGAAUAACUCGCUCUUCGCCGUCUCCAAUGUCUACGCCGUGUACUUUGAAUGA